GUGUGUGUUAUAAGUGCUUUAAUUGAACCAGGUUUGCAUUUGAGUUUAAUUUAAUCGUAAAAUUAAGAAAAGGUAUCGGUUCAAACGAGGAUUCUGUGGAGUGCUCCAACAAAAAAUGGUACAACCCUUCGUAGUUUGUGGAGCUUGGGAGGUGGCACAAAGUGAUUGAUAGAAAUGAUUUCAGUAGAAGCUCGCGCGACAGUAGGUUUUUAGGGGUGGAAAUUAAGAAAAAAAAAAUUCUUCCCGGUGAGGGGCAAUAUUUUUUGUUGGGGUGUUAAUGAUUAUAUUCAGGGGAUGUUUAGGUAACAUCGGUACGCAUAUAGAAUUUUUUUUUUUUUAUGUUUUUUUGUCUAAAUAACCAUAAUGGGACGGUAAACCAAACCAAUUGAUAUUACCACAUUUCCAUACAAGAAAAACAAGGAGAAAGAGACCUGCGGUUGCUAUGGAGAAACUGCGGCUGUCAGACCGGGGGCAGGCCUGAGCCUCGGAUUGGAGUUACUGGGAAAGGCCGGGUACGGGGAGAGGUGGGAGCAACACUAGGAAAGAGAGGGAGUUGUUUUAAUAGAAGUCCAUUUGCUGAAUUACCUGAAGCAGCAUAGAGACUUUGAAGAUUAAGAAAAAAUGCCUCCAAGACCAUCGUCAGGUGAACUGUGGGGCAUCCACUUGAUGCCCCCAAGGAUUUUGGUGGACUGUCUCCUGCCUAAUGGAAUGAUUCUGACUUUGGAGUGCCUCCGUGAGGCCACACUUAUUACCAUUAAACAUGAACUUUUUAAGGAAGCCAGAAAGUACCCUCUUCAUCAUCUCCUACAGGAUGAAACCUCGUAUAUUUUUGUCAGUGUUACACAGGAAGCAGAGCGGGAGGAAUUUUAUGACGAAACAAGACGACUUUGUGAUCUCCGACUCUUCCAGCCAUUUUUGAAGGUCAUAGAGCCAGUUGGCAAUAGAGAGGAGAAAAUUCUUAACCGGGAAAUUGGUUUUGCAAUUGGUAUGCCUGUGUGUGAGUUUGAUCUUGUAAAGGAUCCUGAAGUGCAGGACUUCAGGAGAAACAUACUAAAUGUCUGUAAAGAAGCAGUGGACCUCAGAGAUGUAAAUGGGCCACACAGUCGAGCAUUAUAUGUUUACCCUCCGAAUGUAGAAUCCUCUCCAGAACUUCCAAAGCAUAUCUACAGUAAACUUGAUAAAGGUCAAAUAAUUGUUGUGAUUUGGGUGAUAGUUUCUCCCAAUAAUGACAAACAGAAGUACACACUAAAAAUUAACCAUGACUGCGUACCGGAGCACGUAAUAGCAGAAGCUAUAAGGAAGAAAACUCGGAGCAUGCUGCUUUCACCUGAGCAGCUCAAAAUGUGUGUGCAGGAAUACCAGGGAAAAUACAUCCUGAAAGUGUGUGGCUGUGAUGAGUACUUGUUGGAAAAAUACCCGCUUAGUCAAUACAAGUAUGUGAGAAGUUGCAUCAUGUUGGGGCGUAUGCCGAAUCUGAUGCUGAUGGCUAAGGAGAGUCUGUACACUCAGCUGCCAAUUGAUAAUUUCACCAUGCCAUCUUACGCUCGUCGAAUCUCAACUGCCACACCUUACAUGAAUGGAGAAACCUCUGCUAAGUCCUUAUGGACCAUUAAUGAUACCUUGAGGAUAAAGAUCUUGUGUGCAACAUAUGUAAACGUAAACAUUCGAGAUAUCGAUAAGAUUUAUGUGCGAACAGGCAUAUAUCAUGGAGGAGAACAGAUGUGCGAUAAUGUGAACACUCAGCGAGUGCCAUGUUCUAACCCAAGGUGGAAUGAGUGGCUGAAGUAUGACAUGUACAUUCCUGAUAUUCCACGUGCAGCUCGGCUCGGUCUAUCCAUCUGCUCUGUCAAAGGCAGGAAGGGGGCUAAAGAGGAACAUUGUCCAUUGGCAUGGGGAAAUAUUAAUCUGUUUGAUUAUACAGACACUCUUGUCUCUGGAAAAAUGGCACUAAAUUUAUGGCCUGUGCCUCAUGGACUGGAAGAUUUGCUAAAUCCCAUUGGAGUGACGGGCUCAAAUCCGAAUAAGGAAACUCCUUGUUUAGAGUUAGAAUUUGAUUAUUUCAGCAGCCCUGUGAAGUUUCCUGAGAUGUCAACAAUUGAGGAACAUGCUAAUUGGACAAUAUCCAGGGAACUGGGGUUUAAUUACUGCCCUACUGGCUUGAGUAACAGAUUAGCUCGAGACAAUGAGCUGACAGAAAGUGAUAACGAACAGCUCCGUUUGGUUUGUAACAGAGACCCUCUUUCUGAGAUCACUGAGCAAGAGAAAGAUUUCCUUUGGCGACACAGGCAUAUUUUGGUAAACAUACCUGAAAUUCUGCCAAAAAUUUUGCUUGCUGUAAAGUGGAACUCCAGAGAUGAAGCAUCACAGAUGUAUUGUCUGUUAAAGGACUGGCCCGCAAUUAAACCAGAGCAAGCAAUGGAGUUGUUGGACUGUAACUACCCAGAUCCCAUGAUACGUGAUUUUGCUGUGAGGUGUCUGGAAAAGUAUUUGACAGAUGACAAACUCUCUCAGUACCUAAUUCAGCUUGUACAGGUACUGAAAUAUGAGCAGUAUCUUGAUAACCCACUGGUGAGAUUUUUACUCAAGAAAGCUUUGACCAAUCAGAGAAUUGGACAUUUCUUCUUUUGGCACUUGAAGUCUGAAAUGCACAACAAAACAGUGAGUCAGCGGUUUGGCUUACUUCUGGAGUCCUACUGCCGAGCCUGCGGCAUGUACCUGAAACACCUGAGUCGGCAAGUUGAAGCCAUGGAGAAACUGAUUAACCUCACAGAUAUCCUCAAACAGGAGAAAAAAGAUGAAACGCAAAAGGUGCAAAUGAAGUUUCUUGUAGAGCAAAUGAGGCGGCCAGACUACAUGGAUGCAUUACAGAACUUUACCUCUCCACUCAACCCUGCACACCAAUUAGGCAAUUUAAGGCUUGAAGAAUGCAGAAUCAUGUCAUCUGCAAAAAGGCCUCUGUGGUUGAAUUGGGAAAAUCCAGAUAUCAUGUCUGAGCUCCUGUUCCAGAACAAUGAGAUCAUUUUUAAAAAUGGAGAUGAUUUGCGACAAGACAUGUUAACCCUGCAAAUCAUAAGAAUUAUGGAAAACAUCUGGCAGAACCAGGGCCUUGAUCUUCGGAUGCUUCCUUAUGGCUGUUUGUCAAUUGGUGAUUGUGUGGGGCUGAUUGAGGUGGUAAGAAGCUCUCAUACGAUCAUGCAGAUCCAGUGUAAAGGAGGACUGAAGGGCGCACUGCAGUUCAACAGCCAUACUUUACACCAGUGGCUUAAAGACAAGAACAAAGGAGAAAUGUAUGAUCUAGCCAUUGAUUUGUUUACACGUUCCUGUGCUGGCUAUUGUGUUGCCACUUUUAUCCUUGGAAUUGGAGACAGACACAAUAGCAACAUCAUGGUAAAGGAUGAUGGGCAGCUGUUCCAUAUAGAUUUUGGUCAUUUCUUGGAUCACAAGAAGAAAAAAUUUGGAUACAAACGAGAGCGGGUGCCAUUUGUCUUAACUCAAGAUUUCUUAAUUGUGAUAAGCAAAGGAGCUCAAGAAUGCACUAAAACCAGAGAGUUUGAAAGGUUUCAAGAGAUGUGCUAUAAAGCUUACUUGGCAAUCAGACAGCAUGCCAACCUCUUUAUAAACCUUUUCUCUAUGAUGCUGGGCUCAGGAAUGCCAGAGCUACAGUCUUUUGAUGACAUUGCUUACAUUCGGAAGACCCUGGCACUGGACAAAACUGAGCAAGAAGCUCUAGACUAUUUCAUGAAGCAGAUGAAUGAUGCUCAUCAUGGCGGGUGGACAACAAAAAUGGACUGGAUCUUCCACACGAUACGACAGCAUGCCUUGAACUGAAAUUAUGUUGAGCAAAGAAGUGACUGGGUUAUCCUGACAACCUAGUGCAUUGUUUCUCUUAGACAGAGUGAACAGUGGUUGACAUGCAACAGUCCUAUCAGCACUGAUCAAUCUGGGGAAAAAAGAGCACUACCAGCAUUCUCUAGUGGAAAGGUUUUUUUAACCGGAUAAUGGAUUCAUGUUCCAGUGUCAAACCCCCCACAGGUCAGGAGAAGAAAACGGUGUUCCUCAUGUUCAGUCCUUUUUUAAAAAAAACAAAAAAAACACCACACACAUUUGUGUACGUCCACCUGUGUGUGGUAUUAAGGAGCACAUUCCUUAUCCAAAUGUUAGGUUCUUGAUAGAUCACAUCUUCAUAGUGAGGUCACGUUGUGUGUGACUCACUGGAGACACCCAGUGGCAGUCUGUGGAAUUGUUUGUUGCUUUUUCAUUUUUUAUAUACACAGUUUACUUCUCUUGAUAUGUACAUUGCCAUCCUGUGCUUGUGACACUGCAUGUUUGUCCUGUCAUACUAGCGCCGCGAAGAUUGCGGGGGAGGAGGGGUCCUUGUAAACAAAGUUUUAUAUGUAUAUAGUAUACAUAAAACGUUUUUCAUACUUUAGAUAAUAAAACUCGUGAUACUGUAGACACAGUAGAGGUACAAAUAAUGGAAGAUCUUGCACUCGGGUAACAUCCCAGCUAGUGCUGGGACAUUCUAUUGAUUGGGCUCACCAAUGUUUAAUCUACCUCUGAACAAUACAGCCAGACAAACGAGCCAUCAAAGAAGGUUCUCAAGAUGAGCCAAGCCCAUAGUCACACAAAUUCCAGUAAGGAUGCAGAAACUGAUUCAAAGUGACUUUGUACCAUGCUAAAUUUUAUCGGUCCUUCUAUCACGGGCUCUAUUAACCAUCCUGUCAAUGUUACUAAUCAGUACACCCAGACUGAUUUCACACCAUGACAUUUUGUUCAGAAUCUUCAUCUACAAACCUGUAGUGCUUUUACAUGGAUCUCGCAAAGAAAUGUCUUGCAGAUCUGCUCAGAAUAAAGCAAUAGAAUCUUGGACGCUGUGUUAGAGAGACUUUUCUUUGAGAUUCAUUGGCAUGAGGUUUUGUAGACCAAGUACAAGACCAUUUUACAGUACAGUAACAGUAUUUUAUAAAUUUUGGAAAUUAACACAUUGUGGCAAAGGCAGAAUCUUAAAGGACAUAUAUACCCCUGCACUGGUGGCAUGUGUAAAAGAAUGUGUUUUUGUUUGUUUUUUUUUCCCUUCAGAAUGUAACAUGGAGUAUGGAAUCCUAUUUAAGAAAUACCUUUCAAGGAAAUUCUACUGUUCCCAGACUAAAAUAUACCAGCUGGUUCUAAGCCUAUAGUACAAAAUGCACCUCAGAUUUCAUCAGCAGCAUUUAUUUUGAUGAAUUAAGUCAGACAAUUCUGUUUUUUGCCCUGUAAACUAUGUGGUUUGUAUUGGUUGUGCUACCUUGUUAAAGGUAGUAAUUGGAUUUUUUUUUUUUUAAAUUAACCCCUGUAACACACAUACUGCCUAAAAUUGUAUUUCAUUUAUAUUAUAUUUUGAGCGAGGCAGUGUUAUGACAGCUCAUGAAUCCUGCAUUUAGUCAUUUUUUAAAAUUAUUUUCAGGUUGAUAUAUGCAGGUGGUAUGUGUGUACCUUAAGUCUGUUUGAAUAUACCUGUGUUGUCUGAGCCAAUGUUUGAAAAGGGAAUUACAGAAAAAUGGUUUGCUAAAUAAUAAGUAAACAAAAUAUAUAAUUAUAUUUGGUUCAGUUUCAUAUAGGUCACUGUCUGUUUUCAGCAGUAUUACUAUUGUAAAGCUUCUGAGAGGAGUGGAGCGCUCAUAAAUGCAGCUCCUCGCUCUCUUCCUCUUUGAAACCGUUCGCUUUCCCCCGUCCCAGUGAGUACUAUUAUGUUUUUAGUAAAACUAAUUAUUAAAAAAAUGAAUUUGUGAAAAAUACAUUUGAUAACUAUAAUUGACACGUUCAAGGUCUGCAAAAUAUUUAUUACAGCAAUAACAGGGUUUUUAAAGUUUUUAUUUUUUAAAUUAUAUUUAUUUCCCUGGAGAAUAAUUCAAUCUCACUUUCACAUGAAGUGAUGAAAACGCUUUGGGUAAAGUGAAUCUUCUGCACCUCGAUGGGAUCAUUCGCAAGACAACCCCAAUCCAAACAUUUUUUUUUAAUUGUAUAAGCUUUGUGAAAUUUGCAAUUUAACAAAGUUCAUAUACAAGCACACAAUGGCUUUCGCUGUUGUAAUAACUCUUGCUGUGCAAAUUGGAUAUUAUUGAUUAUUUUGUUAACUUUAGUUAUACAGGGUGAUUUCAUAGAUUGCACAGUAUUGUCAGAGCAUCGCAAAAGCUGCAUCAUUUAUGGAUUAUAUCUUGUAUGUACAGUGUCAAAUAUGUCCUUUGCAAAACAUCUUUUAAAGUGGGCGUUGGAGUGGGAGCAGUGCCGGAGGCUUUUCGCGCUCAUGCUCCGCUCAGGAGCUUUACCCACUCCACCACGCUCCUAGCAAAAUAGUCCCACUCCACUCCACUCACAUGCUCUGCUGCACAGAAAUGUGGUUAAUAUUCAGUCUGGCAGCAUAAUGCAAGGAAUCAGAUCCAUUGAAGAGGUUGUACAUGCAAUACACACUUUUUUUGUAGUAGUAGUAGUAGUAGUAGUAGUUAUAGUAAUUUUACAGUUUAUUUUAAAGUAAGGAUUACCCAUAGAGGUAAUGAAACAGUGCUACUAAUUGAAAUCUGAAAUCCUGACUUACCACACAGAGCAGACUAGAAGACUGAUUGCCUUUAACUGUCUAUUGCAACAUAGGUAGUAAAACAUGAGCUGCAGUAUAUAUUUAUGGCAAACAACUAAAACAUGAACAUUAUUUGCCACCAAACGCUAGUGGACACAUUUUAUGCAUUCACUUUUUGUAAAAAAUUCUUCAAAUUUAGAUAUUUACUCCCAUUCUCUAUUUUACUUUGUUUUAGUCAUAUUUAAAAUGUUGGUAUUUGCUAUUUAAAAAUGAAACUUAGUUGAAAAUAAUUAAAUUAUACAUUACACAAUACACCGUCAAGUAGCCCAAGGUGCUUUUGCAUUGCUUUGUGCUUUUGAUCUGAAGCUAAUCUUUAAAAAAAAAAAAAAAAAAGUAAAAGUGGUACAAGAAAAACAGCUUGCAUCAACAGCAAGUUAAAGCUAGUGUAUGUGUUUGUGUAUCGGUUAGAUUGCUAUUUCCAUAGUUACUGUACACCCCAGAAGAGCUGGUAGCAGCAAGUGCAUUUCCAAUUUGGAUCGGUUUUCAGAUGCAGUAGAUUAAUCGGGAGUAAUAAACGUGGACGUAUAUUGUACCUUGGUUAUAUACUUGCAAUCUUUACUGGAAAGGAAUUACAAUUUUUUGUAAGGCUUGUGCAAAUAUACCAGACAGUUAUCCAAUCAAGACCAUGGACUCGCUAGUUGAGGAAAGGCUUGUUUAAUGUUUCAACCACUUGAUACUUGCAAGACCCUUAACAUUAGUAAAGACAACAUGCAUGCCUUUUUCAUAAUAUACUGUUUAAAAUUUCAGUGAAAUCGUGAAGUAACAGUGUUUUGGAAAGGGCAGAAAAUGUUGAUCUAAUCCACAUCAUGUGGUCGGUUCCCUUUUGAACACUAAAGUUUAUAACAAAAUGCGUUGUAUCUAAAGCUACUAAAAAAAUGUCUUGCCAUCCUCUUGUGCAUUAUAAAUGCAUUUAUUUUACAUUCAAAUCUUGAAAGAAGGGUCUGCUUAUGAACUGUGAACUUUUAAUUUCUUUAAGAAUAUAUUUACAUUUGUUAGAUUUAUAAAGAGCAUGGUAUGUAAAGUAUUAAAAGUCACAGUUAUCCAAACUUAUGCAUUCAUGUAAGAUACUGUACUUGAGGUUUUAUAUUUCAAACUAUAUAUGUGUCUCAUAUGCAGUAAAACAGUCAAGCACUAUACAGUUGUAACUGAAGUGUGUAGGUGGUUUUGCACUUUGUAACUGAUCUUUUAAGCGCCUUAUGUCUUAAAGGCACUGUACUAACUUCCCUGCAUAUACUAGUAGAUAAAUACCUUAAGUAGUUCUUUUUAUACUCUCCAUUAUCAGGAAUAGGUUUUUAGAUAUUGUAGUAAUCAGUAGCCUUAUGCUUGCUUUUUAAAAUCUAUAAACAGCAUGGUUAUGUUUUUAUUAUUUUAUUUCUUCCAUUUUGUUUGUAUGUACAGGUUACAGACUUUUUGGGCUGGACCCACUUAAAGUCCACUCAGAUACCUAUGUAUAAUGUCCAGAAACCUAUUUAAGAAGCUAUGACUUGAUAAGGAAAAAAGGAAAGAAAAAAACUAAACGUGACAUCCAGAGGAUUGUGAUGUGCUGCUUUGUAGCAUUUUUAAAACCUUUCAUUAUUUAGUUCAGUUUUUAAAGGUUUUACUUGAAUUUUAUUGUGACAAACCACCCUUUUUAUAUGUUGAAAACAAAGUUGUGGUUACCAUAUGGCAUAGCACUGAAGGUUAGUUAACAUAGGCAGUUUCAUACCAAUGGUGAAUGUUCAAAUCCUUUGGUGAGAGAGGUUUCUUACUACAAAUGUAGUACUGUUUGAUUAUAGACUUAGGCCAAACUUUUGAAGUAAAAAGCACAUCUGUUUUUCUCAGAACGCCAGGAGAGAGUUGUUGUAACACUGAGCAUGGCUGUUUUAUUUUGGGGGAGGCUGGCUUGUGGGCUUUUUUUCUAUUUGUUUGUUUUUAGUGCCAAAAAAAUGUAAUCCAAUACUGGGAGCAUAGAUAUGUGGCACACACUUGUUCUAGAUACUAAGUUUGGAAAAGUAAAGGCGUAACUUCUUUUAUAAUGCAAAAUAGAUGUCUCUAUAGGGAGGCUACCAGCCCAAAUCGAGCAAAAUAAACUUUUCUCCCUGUUGUGUUCAGAACUAUUCUCUCUAAACUAAAUUACUUUUUUUACUCAUGUUAUGGGCCAAAUUAAGAUUUUGUAUAAACCAACUGCAUGUAUGUUAAAUUGCAUUAACCAAGCAUUAUAGUAUCCUCAUUAUUUUGGUACAUUUUGCUAUGUAGCUUGAAAAGAAAAUGUUUGGCCUAAGACUGCACUUUCUGUAGCUCAUGUUUAUUACCUAGUAACAAUCUGCAUUUUUCUUUUUAUCUAUGAAGUCUAUUGUACAUCAUGCUAUUGCUCUGUUCCAGGUCUGUCUCAAAUAAUUGAGUGUUAUGUAAUUAUGUAUAAAUAAAUUUAUUUAAAGUGA